GCAAGCGGAGGUUGGUGGCGGUUGCUGGGAGGUGGGCUUGGGGCCCAGCAGAAGGGCGGCCCUUGCUUCAGCCCCUGGCUCUGCCUCUCAGGGUGUUCUGCAGCAGGUGCGCAUCACACUUCACACUCGCCCAAGGUCUGACCACGGGUGAGCUAUUCAUAAUUUUGUUCAGAAAAUAUGGAGACAUAUGUACCCACUGAUUUGACACAUAUAAAUGAAGACAUAAACCAGGAGGAAAUCAACACAAACUCAAGACUUCCCGAAGAUGUCACAUCACCAAAGAAUCAAGCAGCUAAAACAAGAGAAAAGGAAACAUUGAAAUAUAAAACAUUUAGAACAUGCUCUGUACCACUGAAAUCAGAGAAAACAGAGGAGAUUGAUCAAGAUUAUCAUGCAGAUUACCUUCAAGAAAAUAUAAUUCAACAAGAUGUACUUGCUCCAGAACCAGUUCCCCAUAAGAAGAAGAAAGAGAAAUCAAAGGGAAAAAAGGAUCAAACUCAUGUUUGUCGAAAAGUUAGGGCAACCAAGAUUGUGUCAUUUGACAGAAUGGAACCAGAACCAAAAGGUGAUGAUGUGAUAAAACAUAUUAAUAGACUAAGAGAAAAGCUUGGUUGGCAAACGGUAUUACCACAGCAUGAUGUCAAAUAUAAAAGUUCCAAGAUUGCAGCUCAGAAGAUUGUUCUAAAGGUGUGUCUUGAAGUCCCACAAACUUCCCUAGAGGUGGCGCAGCUGGAUUGCACCUGGGUUCCGAAAAAAAAACUGGAUUCCCCUCUGGGCUCCAAUUUCCUCCAGGAACCUUUGAAAGAUGAUGGAGAAUUUAUAUAUUGCCUUCCUCGGAAAAGUCAUAAAGUCCUUUAUAAUCCUUAUGAUCUUCAGGUAGUGUCUGCCCAUAAAGCUAGACAUUGCAAAGAAUUUUGGAUUAUUACUGCUUCAUUUGUCUCAAAGGUUGUUAAAAUAGGUAAAGCAGAAGAAAUAGAACUCAUACCAACUUCAGAAUGGCUAUUAGAAAGAAGAUGUUACUAUAUUUUACAGACGAAAUUCAAGAUAUUUUGCAAUUUUAGAAUUAAAAAAUCAUUUGUUGCUUGGAAAUUGAAUAUUAAAAGGAUUAAGAUAGAGAGGAGCAGGUCAUUUUUAUCCCACGAGCUUUUUUUGGCUGAUGAGUUAUUUCUAGGAUGUUUGUUUUUUGUGAAGGGCCUUUGUGAAGAUGCAGUUAAUCCCCAAAAUGGUAAAGGAAAUGAAGGUAAUUCAUCUGCCAUAUGCCUUGUAAAGCUGGAUAGAUCUCGAACAUAUUCUCUGGAGGAAUUCUGUGAAGAGCAAUCACAGCAAGCUAUCCAGGCAUUGAAACAAUUUAAAGAUAUCAGGAGUAAAGCAAUAUCAGAAAUAAAAAGUACACUUUUAAAGGUGGCAAAAAAGAAAGAUAUUAAAGAAUAUUUUGAGUCAAAACUCUCUGAAGAUGACAGAACCCAUUUCAAGCUACCUCAAUAUCGACGUUUUUUAGAAACAGUAUUGAGGUUUUUGAAGCUGGUUGACUACAUAUUUCAGGAACUCAUCUGUCAACUAAUGAACACAGCAGUUGUACUGCUUCUGAAAUUAUUUGAUAAUUCUGCCAGAAUAAAAUUUUCAAUGGAAAAAAAGAAUGAAAGUCUCAUCAAAAAAUACAAGGAUAUUUUUGCCUCUGCUGAAAAGAUAACAAAUGAUUAUGAAGAAUUUGUUAAUUCAAAAUCACCUUCUUUUCAAAAGUCAGAAGUAAAACCAGAAACGUAUACUGAUGAGAUUUUCAUUAGUGAUAAAGUGGAUAAGAAAAAAAUAUGUGCAGCGAUAUUUGAAGUCAAUCUACACUUGAGAAUUCCUGCUGAAAGUGAUUCUUCAGAAAAUUCUAAAGAAGACUUUAAUGAGUCUGACACCCAAUCUGAAAAAUCAGAAAAUGAAAUAUCAGAAAAUAAAGUCAACUCCGAAAACCAUGAAAACCUUUGUGAAGAACUGUUCUCAGCAAUGAAGAAAACCAAAACAUGUAGUUACAAUCUUGGAGACCUAUUUUCAGAUCUAGAUAUUGUGACUGAGGUUGAUAAAAUUGUAUGUGAUCAAUUAUCACAAUUCCCUACAAAUCUCUUUAUAACUCCCAACAGAUUGGAGUUUUCAAGAAAAAUUCAAAAUAUGGUGGCAGAUAUUGAAAAAUGUAUAACCACAAUUAUUCCUCUUUGCCAAGAUCCCCGCCUAUCUAUCUUCACUAAUUCGGUUUUAACUGUGGAUUUAUCUAAUAAGACAGAAGGUGAAAUAGAAUAUAAGAAGCAAGCCAGAUGGCCAGAUUGUCAGAAACUUUUUGAAAUGGAUACUUCUUACCAAAAUAAAAUUGUGAGUCUCCUGACUAUUAUUGGUGAUUCAAUGGGCCUAGUUACUGUUUAUAGCCACAAGUUUUUAAAAUACUGUACCAUAGUAGAGAAGUCCAAACUCAUGAUGACAAAACUAUCAUUUAUGGAAGAACUGACUUCAACACAGUUUAAAACUAUACUAAAUAUAUUCAGGAACUAUCUUAUAUAUAUUGCUGAUAUGGUCAUUGAGAAGCGUAUUGGCAUUUUCAAGGUUCUAAGUCUUGAUUAUCAGUCAGAAUGCUUACCAUAUGUUGAUAAUAUCAUAUGUAUAAGCCAUAACCUCUUGCAAUCUAUAAUUACAAAAAAGAAUACAAAUCUGCUGAAAAUUGUAGACUCAUCAGUGCAGAAGCUGGAACAGGACCCUGUUGAAAUAGAAGAAUUUGUGGAACAUUUUACUUUUUUGGGUGUGAUUUCCUCAAAAUUACCUGAGUUAGAACGAGAGUGCUUAUCGAUUACUGAAUUGCAUUCUGUUAUAAAGCAUUUCCAGAUCCAUAUUUCAGAAGAGGAAAGAGCCUUAUAUAAGAUUCUUCUUUUCAAGUUUGGUCAACUGAAAAUUGCUGUGAAGUUAAGUGAAGCAAAGAAAGAGGCUGCUCUUGCUAAAUUCAGAGACAAUCUAGAAACAUAUGUCAGUGGUCUGCGGGCUGAUGUUAGUAAUUUAAAGGCCAAAGUAAGAAAUCCUGUUCUGUUGUGCAGCCAUACUCGAGUGUCAACAGCAAAGGAAAUGAUCCAGACUCUCUCACAGGAAACUGCAAGUUUAGCUAACAAAGCUAAAACCUGUUCAAGCUUUCAAAAUUGCUUUAUUGAUUGCCAAUCUCAAAUACAGUCUCUGAAUAUUGAAGAGAUUAUACAGAUUGUGAUUUCAGAGAUCUCAGACAUUGAAUAUGACUUAACCUUAAGGAAAAUACUAUGGAAUGCACAAGAGGAAUGGGGAGCAGUCUUUUGCAAAUGGAGGGGUAGUACUCUUUCCAGUAUUGAUAUAACCUCAGUACAAAGAAAUGUUUCAAAAUGGAUGCAAAAAAUCUUUGUACUAGAAAAAGGUUUACCAAAAAAUGACGUCGUCAAACAUCUUAAACAUUCAGUGAUGGGUUUUAAACAAGAGCUGCCUGUUUUCAUUGCUCUGGGAAACCCCUGUCUCAGGCCACGGCAUUGGGAGGCUAUCCAGGAGAUUACUGGAAAUUCAAUUUCUCUUGAUAAAAACUGCACAGUAGAAAAUCUUGUAACCCUCAAGAUGUUUCAGUAUGAAAAAGAAAUAAGCAAAAUAUCAACUGCAGCAACUAAUGAAGCUGCUCUUGAAAAAAUGCUCAAUAAAGUCAUUGAGCUCUGGAACACCACUCCUUUGCAUUUAGUUCUUCAUCAGACGGAGACUUACUCUAGCCUAAUAAUUUCAUCUAUAGAUGCAAUGUUAGCUCAAUUAGAAGAGUCUCAAAUCAUACUUGCAACAAUUAAAGGAUCUGCCCAUCUUGGACCUAUUAAGGAUCUUGUGCAUGCAUGGGACAUAAACUUGGCACUCUUCUCUUGCACUCUUGAGUCAUGCAUGAAAUGCCAAAGAAAUUGGCUUUACCUUGAACCAAUCUUUAAUUCAUUAGAAAUUCGAAGGCAGCUCCCAUCAGAAGCAGAUCUCUUCUCCAGAGUGAUUUUCAUGUGGCAAGAAAUAAUGCUAAAAAUACAAAACAAACUGAAUGCUUUGAGACUAGUCACUUCUCAAAGAGUUAUUGAAACUCUGAAAAGUUGCAAUACGAAUCUUGAAUAUAUAAAGAAGAGUCUUGAGGACUACCUUGAAAUUAAAAGAAUGGUUUUCCCACGAUUUUACUUUCUUAAUAAUGCUGAACUUCUCGAUAUUCUAGCUAAUAGCAGAAAUCCGAAAUCUAUACAGCCUCAUCUUGUGAAAUGUUUUGAAAAUAUAAAUCAAUUAUUGAUAUGGAAACAAGAAAUUGGGCCUCCUGUUGUAGUAAUGUUCAUCUCUGCUGAAGGAGAAGCACUUUUGCUGCCAAAGAAAAUUCGUAUAAGAAGUGCUGUAGAACAGUGGCUGGUAAACGUAGAGAAAAGCAUGUUUGAUGUACUAAAAAAAUUUAUAAAUCAAGGGAUUGAAGACUGGAGCAACCAAAAUUUUUCUUUAUUUGUGACAUCACAUAUAGGCCAAGUGGUGCUUAUUGUGAGCCAGAUCAUGUUUUUUAGUGAUUGUAUCAAAAGUUUUUUCAAUUCUCAUUCAAGAGAAGAGUUGGAAAAUGUCCAUGCUGGAGUGCUAUGUCGUCUAGAUGAGAUAGCAGCGCUGGUAGUCUUGCAAUCUAGUAACUCUCGGACAAAAGCUGUACUAGGGGCAUUGCUCACCCUUUAUGUUUACUGCAGAGAUAUAGUGAAAAAUCUACUACUUAAAAAUAUCUUGAAUGUGGAGGAUUUUGAGUGGACGAGACAUUUGCAAUAUAAAUGGAAUGAAAAACAAAAGUUGUGCUACAUAAGUCAAGGAGGUGCCAUAUUUACUUAUGGCUAUGAGUACUUGGGUUGUACCUCAAGACUGGUCAUCACGCCUCUCACUGACAGAUGCUGGCUAACUCUCACAGGAGCACUGUACUUGAAUCUAGGAGGCUACCUUGCUGGUCCAACUGAUAUAGGAAAAACAGAGAGUGUUAAAGAUCUAGCAAAAGCUUUAGGCAAAUAUUGUGUGAUCUUCAAUUGUUUUGAGAAUUUGGAUUAUAAGAUAAUGGUAAAAUUCUUCUUCGGAGUGGUUCAGUCAGGAGUGUGGUGUUGUUUGGAUGAAUUCAAUCGAGUUGAUACAGAAGUCAUCUCCGUGAUUGCCUCACAGAUCCUAACCAUUAAAGCCGCAAAAGACAGUUAUUCUGUCAGGUUUGUAAUGGAAGGAAAAGAAAUUUCUAUCAAUAUGUCUUGUGCAGUAUUUAUCACCAUGAACCCUGGAUACAAACAUGGAGUAGAACUCCCAGCUAAUUUAAAAUCUCUGUUUCGCCCAGUGGCAAUGAUGGCCCCCCAUUAUGAAGUGAUUGUUGAAGUAACACUGUCUUCAUUUGGUUUUAAAUCAGCAAGCUCACUCUCUGGAAAGCUAGUUAACCUUUUUGAAUUAGCUGACAAACAGCUCUCAGAAGAGGCUCAUUAUAAUUUUAGCUUGAGGUCUCUGAAGACAAUUUUAAAAAUGGCUGGAAAGAAGAGACUGACGUUGAAAUGUAACAACAGUGACACUCUUUUGGAAACAGAGGAAGCAAUGAUCAUUAUUGAGGUUCUGAGAGAGGCUAUUUUGCCAAAAUUUCUUCCUGAAGAUGUUUCACUUUUCAAAAAAUUUACAGCAGAUAUUUUUCAUGAAAGGAUAGUUUCAAAAGUAAAUCAAAUCGCGUUGGAGAAAGUAAUACAUACUGCAACCCAACAACUGGGCUUACAACAAUGGCCAGCUCAGAAAGAGAAAAUAAUGCAGUUUUAUAAUCAACUUCAGAAUUAUGUUGGUGUGAUGUUAGUGGGUCCAACAGGUGGAGGAAAGACAACAGUCAGAAGAAUUUUAGAAAAAGCAUUAAUACACUUACCAGUUGUAGAUUUCUUAUCAAUUGAACAACUGCAACGUAGUUCACAGUUUGCAGGAAGAAAAGGAAAAGUAGAUGUUUGUGUUUUAAAUCCAAAGUGUAUCACUCUUAAUGAGUUAUAUGGACAGUUGGAGUCUAAUACUAUGGAAUGGACUGAUGGAUUAUUAUCAGCAACAAUUCGAAAUUAUGUGCAUUCAAACACUGAAAAUUACUCAAAGAAACACUUCCUCCAAGGACUGCAUAAAUCUAAUGUUUUCAAACUUCAAUCCAUUGAUACAGCAAAUAGUAAUGAUAAUAUUUUUGAGAAGAUAGAGAAAGAGGGUAAAAUUCCAGAAAACUUUGAUUGGCAGUGGAUUAUCUUAGAUGGCCCCGUGGAUGCCUCUUGGGUGGAAAAUAUAAACUCUAUGCUAGAUGAAACUGGAAUGUUAUGCCUAGCCAAUAGUGAGAGAAUAGCUUUAACUGAAAAAAUAAGAGUGAUUUUUGAAGUGGACACUCUUUCCCAGGCUAGCCCUGCUAUUGUCAGUCGAUGUGCAAUAGUCUACAUGGAUCCCAUUGAUCUGGGUUGGGAGCCUUACAUUAAGUCAUGGCUUAUGAAGACUUCUAAAAUUAUGAGUCAAUCGGGAGUGGAUUGUCUUGAAUUCAUGAUUAAAAAUAGCAUCACAAAUGGACUACAGUUUAUAAAGAAAUACAAGAAAUUUCAGCCAUUUCCUGUACAGGACAUAACAAUUGUUAUAACCCUCUGCAGAAUUCUUGAUGCUUUCUUUGAAUUCAUUCAUGAAAAUGGAGGCUUUGGACAAAGUGAAGAUUUGAAGGACAUUUCCAUUGAAGAAACAAAUUCUCCACCUUUAGAAGCUUUGGUCAAAUUUGAACAUACAGAAAAGAGGACUGAAAAUGCAGUGAGUCUGAAGGAAAAUCCUGAUAAAUUAAAAGUAAUGAUUCAAAAGCUUUAUGUGUUUGCAUUUAUGUGGGCAUUUGGAGGAACUUUAAAACGUGAAGAUGAACAUGAAGAUGAUAUACUCUUGUAUUCAGGUUUUGAAUCUACUUCUCUUGCAAAAGUAACCAGUGAUUUUGACAAACUUGUUCGUGAAUUAUUUGAAUACAACCCACAUAUAAACAUCAGCCUACCAACUGGUGAAUGUUCUGUCUUUGGGUAUUUUGUGGAUAUACAGCAAUGUGAAUUCAUACCAUGGUCUGAAUUACUUCCUAAUAUUCAAACCAUUAUUCAACGAGGAACUUUAAUACUAGCUGAUCCUCAAGGAUACAGUGAAAAUCUCUUGAAGAUAGCAGGGUAUGGAGAGAACAUGAAUUUUACUGCUACCAGAGAAACAACAUGCCUUUCUUUUCUCAUAAGCCUUCUUUUAAAGAAUUCCUGUCCUGUACUUCUCACAGGAGAUUCUGGUGUUGGGAAAACAACUACCAUUAAUCAAAUGCUGGAAAAACUAGAGGAUUUUGGAACAUUUGAUGUGAAAUAUGGAUCAACUUUAGGGGAAGUCCUAUUACAUAAUGAAAUUAAAAAUAAAAGUCUGAAACAAAAUAUCAGCAUCUUGAUUUCUGAAACUCCUAAGACAGGAAGCCAAGAUAAAACUACAAAUCCAGGAGUUAAAAUCAAGGAUGAUAAAAAUUCAUCCAGAUAUGAUAAUAAAGAAAUUGUGGUCUCUGCAAUAAAUUUUAGCAUCAAUACGACAGCUGCCAAAGCCAAGGAGAUGAUCCUUAAGAAGUUAGUAAGAAGAACUAAAGACACCCUUGGAGCACCAAAAAGCAAAAGGACUAUAAUAUUCAUUGAUGAUCUGAGUAUGCCAGAACCAGAUGUCUAUGGAACACAGCCGGCCCUGGAAUUAAUCAGACAGUUACUAGAAAUGGGAGGAGUUUAUGAUACUGAAAAACUUACAUGGAAGACUAUUCAAGAUUUCUCUCUCGUUGCAUCAUGUGCUCCUCCCCUUGAGAGGAGGGAUAUUAGCCCACGUCUCCUCAAACAUUUUUCCAUUCUGGUAUUGCCUCAUCCUCCACAAAGUGCCUUAUGUGCUAUAUUCCAGGCUCAUUUGGGAAUGUAUUUCUCCAUCAAUAACUUCACAUCCGAUGUUCAGAAAAGCACUGAUAAUAUAAUAUCUUGUUCCUUAGCUCUAUACUAUCAAGUAUGUCAGAAUAUGUUACCAACUCCAAUGAAAUGUCACUACAUAUUUAAUCUUCGAGAUGUGUUUAAGCUUCUCCUGGGAUUGCUACAAGCUGACAAGAAGGUUAUUGACUCCCCAGAGAUGGCUGCUCUGUUCUUGGUUCAUGAAGCCACCCGAGUAUUUCAUGAUCGCUUAAUUGAGCAUACCGAAAGGGGACUUUUCCAUCAGUUUCUUUCAAAGGAUCUUGAGAAUUAUUUUCAGAUUCAAUGGACAAAUGAAAAACUGAUGAAUGAUGCAGUUGUAUUUGUGGAUUUCUUGGAUAUAAACAAGUCUCACAAAAAAAAAUUGUAUCAGAAUACCAAUGACUAUGACAAACUUGCUAGUAUACUCAAUGAAUUCCAAAUAAAGUUGAAUUCAACAACAUCAGAGAGAUCUUACUCUGUGGUGUUCUUCAAGGAAGCCAUCGCACACAUCACAAGAGCUGCAAGAGUCCUUCGACAACCAGCAAGCCACAUGUUACUGAUUGGAGUAGAUGGAUGUGGAAAGGAAACUUGUGCCACCCUGGCUGGUUAUUUGGCCGAUAACAAACUAUACCGACUGUCUCUAUCUCACAGAUCUGCCUACAUAGAAUUUAAAGAAAAAUUUAAAAAGGUGUUUAUUCAUGCAGGAAUUGAAGGAAGCCCAACUGUUUUGAUAAUUACUUUAAGCAUAGCUCAGGAACCAUUUUUGGAAGAUUUGAAUAGAAUUCUCAAUUUGGGAAAAAUUGACUUGUUUGAAAAUGAGGAGCUGGACUCUAUUGCACUGAAGAUUAGAUCUGUUGCUCAACAGUCUGGUUAUACUGAUAAUAAACAAUCUUUACUUUUAUUCUUCAAAAAGAGAGUACAUAGAAAUCUUCAUAUUUUUAUGACCAUGAGCCCUACAGAACCUAAUUUCCGCCAUAAUUGUCGAGUGUAUCCUUCCUUGAUUAGCUCCUGCACAAUUGAUUGGUAUGAAAAAUGGCCAGAAGAAGCUCUCUUUCAUGUAGCUAACUCUUUCUUACAGGAAAAUGUGGAUUUAGAGUCCAGAGAGAACUUAAAAGAAAAACUUGCCUCAACAUGUGUCCAAAUUCAUAAAAGUGUAAAAGACUUGAGCACAAAAUUCUCUAAACAAACUAGGAGGUAUUAUUAUAUUACUCCCAGUAGCUACUUGCAAUUCAUGGAAACAUUUGCACGGAUUUUGAGGUCACGAGAAAAGGAAAUGCAAACGAAAAGGGACCAUUUUUACCUGGGUCUAUCCAAGAUUCUAGAAGCAGCCACGCUUAUUACAGAUAUGCAGCAGGAGCUCUUGAUUGUUGGUCCUCAAAUAGAACAAAACAUAAAGGAAAAGGAAAUCCUAAUGGAAAAACUACAGAAAGAUUCACAAGUAUUUGAGCAAGUUCAGAUGCUUGUUAAACAGGAUGAAGAUAUUAUGGCAGAAGCAAUAAGAAUUGUAGAAGAUUAUGCUCAGAAAACUGCUAAUGAACUAAGAAGUGUACUCUCAGCUAUAGAAAAGGCAACUGCGGCUCUAAAUGGCCUGGAUAAAGCUUAUAUUGCUGAAUUAAGAGUAUACACACGACCUCCAUACCUUGUACUGACUGUUAUGAAUGCAGUUUGCAUCCUCCUGCAAAAGAAGCCAAGCUGGACUGCAGCAAAGUUACUUCUUUUAGAAAGUGGUUUCCUAAAAAAACUGACUAACCUUGACAAGGACAGCAUACCUGAUAAGGUUUUCGUGAAGCUGAAAAAAAUUUUAACUUUGCCUGAUUUCAACCCAAACAAGAUUGCUCUAGUCUCUGUUGCUUGUUGCUCUAUGUGCCAGUGGGUUAUAGCAUUGAAUAACUACCAUGAUGUGCAGAAGCUGGCAAGACCCAAGCAAGUCAAAAUAGCUGAGGCUCAAAAUGUCCUAAAUAUUAAUCGACUGAGGUUGACUGAAAAACAGAGAGGUUUACAGCUGAUUGAAGAGCACUUGCUAAAUUUGCAGGCAGCCUACAAGGAUAUUGUCACUGAUACGGAGCAGCUAGCAAAUCGGAAGCAACGGGCCACCAGGCGUUUGCAGUGCGCCUCUGUGUUGCUGACCACCCUGGAGGACGAGAAGACUCAAUGGCAAGAAAUAAUCAAUCAAAUAGACGUGAAACUGGAAGGAAUUUUGGGUGACAUCCUCAUAUCAGCCGCAUGCAUUGUCUACAGUGGAGUGUUAACAGAAGAAUUUCGCAAGUUGAUUGUGAAGAAAUGGGAGAAACUCUGUACCGAAAACAACAUUUCUUUUUCUCCCAAUUUUUCUUUAAUUGAAGUCAUGGCACAGAAACUUGAGAUCCAACAAUGGAAUCAUCAAGGACUGCCUCUUGGUCAGUUUUCAACAGAGAAUGCCAUCUUGAUCAAGAAUGCCCUGCAGUGGCCACUGAUAAUUGACCCACACAAGCAAGCACACAAUUGGAUCCGUCAGAUGGAAGGAUCUAAGCUGCAGGAACUCUCCACCAAAGAUAGUAAUUACAUCAAAAAAAUUGAAAAUGCUAUAAAAGCAGGAGGGAGUGUUCUCUUGCAGAAUCUCUCUGAAACAUUAACUCCAAGUUUAAAGGCCAUUUUGAAGAAGGAUAUUUAUCAGAAAAGAGGACAAUAUUUCAUAAGGGUUGAUGAUUCUGAGAUUGAAUACAAUCCCAAAUUUAGGUUAUACAUGUCUACAGAAAUAGACAACCCUCAUUUUCCUCUAUCAGUUUGUACUGUUGUUACUAUGAUCAACUUUAUGGUAACUUUCCAAGGCUUGGAAGAUCAACUGUUAUCUACUGUAUUAAGUCAUGAAGCCCCUCAUUUAGAAAACCAACGUUUCCAGUUAUUGGAGAGUAUUUUCCUUGAUUCUAGAACUCUUGAAGAACUGGAGGACAAAACAUUAAAUUUACUGCAGAAUGCACUAGGGGCUAUACAAGAUGACAUGGAAAUUACAGACAAUUUAAGAAAAUCCAAAAUGACUUCAAAUGAAAUUUCAAGACGCAUCAAAUCAACAGAAAUAGCAGAAAGAGCAAUUCAAGAAACACGCAGUACAUAUCUCCCCAUUGCUACUCGAGGAGCCCUGCUCUACUUUCUAGUGGCUGGUCUUACACAAAUCAAUUACAUGUACCAGUUCUCCCUAGACUGGUUUCAUCAAGUUUUUGUUUUAGCAAUAGUUUCCAAAGACAAGUUGAAACAAGAACAAAGUUUGAAAAAGGAGAAAAAAUCUCCGAAAAAAGUUCAUGAAGUUACAAAUAUCUCAAAAGAGCCUAAAUUAGAAAGCAAGACAAAUCUUUUAGACAGGUAUCUUAAAAAUUCAAUAGACAUGUUGACAAGAAACAUUUUUAAGGUGGUCUCUUCAGCUCUAUUUAAUGAACACAAACUUUGCUUCUCCUUUCUUCUUUGCACUACAAUCAUGCAAAAUAAUGCUAAGGGAAAUCUAAUGCAGGAUGAAAUUGGAUCCCUUCCAGAUGAAGAAUGGAAUAUCUUCUUGUAUUCUGGCAUAUUGAUAAACAGUAAAGGUCUAAUUCCCCAGCCUAGACUAAAUAGCAUGCAUGAAGUCUGCAUGUAUCAGCAUCUACAGUGGCUGUCAGAGUCCAGGUGGAAGCAGUGCCAGUAUGUCAGUGGUGAACUAGAAACAUUUUCCCUUCUGUGCAAAUCCCUGGUAUCAAAUGUGUUGCAAUGGAGUGCUUUUAGUAACAGUAAUGCUGUAUAUUCUCUGAUCAGCAUACCUUUCUCUUCAGAAAAUGUUUCACUGGAAAAAAGUGACAAAUCACCAGAGGAAAUUAAUGAAGAUGAAGAAAUUCAGAGUCCUGUAACUUUUCCCUGGGAGAACCUUACUCCAUUUCAAAGACUUAUUUUGAUAAAAAUUCUUAGACCAGAAUGUUUAGAGAAUUCAGUGAGAAAGUUUAUAACUGAAAAAAUGGGAAGUCAUUAUCUUCAUACAAGUGGAACUAAUUUGAAUGAAGUAUAUAAGGAAUCUAGUGCCAAAACUCCACUGAUACUUAUUCAUUCCCCUGAGAUUGAUAUCACAAAUAUUCUCCUGAAAUUUGCACAAGAGUUAAAAGGAACAACGAAACAUGUCAGAGUGAUUUCUUUUGGUGAUGUCCAGGCAGCUAAAGCAGAAGACCUCAUCACAAAGGCCCAAGGAGAGACAGAACAGUGGGUCUUCCUCCAGAACUGCCACCUUGCAGCAUCAUUUAUGAUGAGGCUUUGUGCUAUUGUGGAAUCAUUUAAUAGUCCAACUGUCACUAUCGACCCUAAAUUUAGACUAUGGUUAAGCUCAAAAUCAGACCGUUCUUUCCCAGUUCCUAUUCUUCAAAAGAGUUUAAAGAUCGCAGUGGAAAAUCCUCAGAGAUUGAAAAACAAUUUGCUGCAGACGUUUGGGCAUAAUGGGAGUACAGUAGUAUCGGAAGAGAUAUUCGAAAAACCUAACUGUGGACCAUGGUGGAAAAAACUUUUAUUCAGCUUGUGUUUUUUUAAUGCUCUGAUCAACGAAAGAAAACAUUAUGGCACGUGGGGCUGGAAUAUUGCUUAUGAGUUUAGCUUCUCAGACUUGGAGGUCGCCAUCAAGCUGCUGGGAAAUACGCUGAGCACACACCCCACGGUGCCUUGGAAGACGCUGCGCUACCUGUUUGGGGAGGUGAUCUACGGUGGCUGGGUCACCGACUGCUGGGACCAGCGGUGUCUAAACACCCUUCUUUACAAAUUUUUUAAUCCCGAAGUGUUGAAAGAUAGCUUCAGUUUCUCUAGUGACGAGAUAUGUCAGCCAGUGUCACAGUCUGCAAGCAUAGAGGAUUGCAUGCGUAUUAUCCACUCCUUACCUGACGAUGACCCUCCUGAGCUCUUAGGAAUGCACCCUGAGGCUACAGGGAAUGUCAGGAAGGUCCAGGCCCAGAAGUUCAUUGACAAUCUCAUUGCCAUGCAACCAAGAACUGUCACUUCCAGCCUCACGACCAGUGAAGAGAAGAACGAUAAUGAAUUUGUGAUGGAAAUUUUAUCUGACUUACAAAAGCGGCUGCCGCAGUGUGUAGAGGACAACUGUGGUGGCACCCAGAGCACCUUGAAGGGCAUCAUGUCCGGCCCCAUCUGGGAGUCUUUUAGUAAGCAUCUCAAAGGCUAUGACCCCCUAGUCCAUUGUGUCUUACUGACCCUUUUGAGCCAAGAAAUUGGACGCUUUGAUAAGUUAUUAUUUAUUAUACAUAAAUCUUUGAAUGACCUUCAACUUGCUAUGAAAGGAAUGAUCAUCCUGACCCAAGAACUAGAGGAAAUAUAUAACUCUUUCCUUGAUAUGAGGAUGCCAGCAUUGUGGCUGAAGUAUGCCUACAAGUCAUGUAAGCCCCUGAGUUCCUGGGUUGAUGAUCUCAUCCAACGAGUGAAUUUCUUCAAUACCUGGGCCAAAAUGGCUUACACUGCAAUCUAUCAUCGGUACAUGAGAUUAAACUCGGUAUGGAAGGCUGCUCCCCCACCAUCCAGGAAGCUGCCCCAGUGUGCUGAUGAUGCGAACGGCUGUUUCUCUGAGGGAUGUCCUGCAAGGUACUGGCUCCCAGCUUUCUUCUUUCCACAAGCCUUUCUUACUGCCUUGCUUCAAGACUAUGGGAGGUCCCAAGGAAUCUCUACAAAUGCCCUCACUUUUACUCACCACGUGAUCUCCGACAGCCCUGACAUCAAUGAUGAGGAGUUCCCCAUCACCAUCCAGAGGAAAGUCAGCAUCCUCAGGAGAGCCUUUAAGGGCACAAACCUCACACACAUCGGCGCUCAUGUUUUUGGUUUAUUCAUCGAGGGGGCAAGGUGGAAUCAUGAAAAGAAAGUACUGGAAGAUUCACUUCCUUUUGAGACGUGCUGUGAUUUUCCUGAGAUAUACUUCCUGCCCACAAAGAUUUCUACUGAAAGGCCCAGUGCCUCCAGUCACACAGAUGCAGAGCUCUACACUUUUGAAUGCCCCAUGUAUCAGACACCAGAGAGAUCAGGAACUUUGACAAGCACCAGCUUAUCCUCCAGCUUCUUUGCGUCAGUCUACUUGCCCACAAGGAAGCCUCCCAGUCACUGGAACACCAUGCAGAUUGCACUGCUGUGUGAGAAGAGGGAAAAAUAAACUU